UUCACGGGUCAAAGCCUCAAGGGUCAGAAUAUUCCACGUGGAUAUAUAAAGUUACAGAGCUCCAGCUACAUUCCUUGGUAUCCUACAUUCUUGCUAUUAACCAACACACGUACACCGACCCACAGACGAUAAUGGCGACUCCAGCAGGACCUCGGAAUAUAGCUCUCAUCACUGGCAUCACAGGACAGGAUGGGUCGUACCUAGCCGAACUGCUCCUGGAAAAGAACUACGAGGUCCACGGGAUUAUCCGACGAGCUAGUACAUUCAACACUGGCCGCAUCAAGCAUCUCUUCACCAAGCCAGAGCUGCACACUGGAGGAAAACUACACCUUCACUAUGGUGACCUGACUGACUCCUCUUCACUAGUCAAGCUCAUCAGCGAGAUUCGUCCGGUGGAGAUCUAUAAUCUAGGAGCCCAGAGCAACGUUAAGUUGUCCUUUGACCUCUCGGAGUACACGGCCAACGUGGACGGUGUGGGCACACUCAGGAUAUUAGACGCUGUGCGGACGUGUGGUCUAGAGAAGACUGUGCGCUUCUAUCAGGCGUCUACUAGCGAGCUGUUUGGCAAGGUGCAGGAGAUCCCCCAGACUGAGACCACACCCUUCUAUCCUCGCUCUCCUUAUGGGGCGGCCAAACUUUACGCUUAUUGGAUUGUUGUCAACUAUCGUGAGGCAUACAAUAUCUAUGCAUGUAAUGGAGUGCUCUUCAAUCAUGAGAGCCCCCGCAGAGGUGAAACCUUUGUAACGCGUAAGAUAACUCGCAGUGUUGCUCAGAUCCACCUCAAGCACAGAGAGUCAUUCAAGCUGGGUAACCUCGAUGCUAAGAGAGACUGGGGACAUGCCAAGGAUUAUGUGCAGGCCAUGUGGCUUAUGUUGCAGAGGGAGAGUCCGGAGGAUUAUGUGAUAGCCACUGGAGAGGUCCACAGUGUGAGAGAGUUUGUGGAGCUAUCCUUCAAGGAGGUCGGCGUGGAAAUAGAAUGGAAAGGCUCGGGCGAGGCUGAGAAGGGCUUUGAUAAGAGCACUGGAAUAGUGAGAGUUGAGGUGGACCCGAAGUACUACAGACCCACUGAAGUGGAUUACUUACAAGGUGACGCCUCAAAGGCUGAGCGAGAGCUGGGUUGGAAGACAUCCACUCCCUUCACAGACCUGGUGAAGGAGAUGAUGGUGUCAGACAUUGCUCUAAUGACCAAAGAUCCCACAGCAUGAGCAUUGUACUAGGAGACUAUUGAACUGAACCAAGAGUGUCUAUAUUUCAUUAUAGGGAUAUAAUUAUUAUAAUAAAAUUAUAUAGUUAGUGGUUAGUUGUAUUAUCAAGAGUCAUUUGGUAUUAUAUUCAUUUCUCAUGAUUA